UAUUACAUCAUCAUAUUGCGACCGCUGUUACUCUGGCAACGCUUCAAACGGCAAGUUUUAGCCAUUAAGCUAACGGAGCUUUUGCACUUCUUUCUGGAAAACGAAUGUAAAUGUCGAAAAUAAGCUCAGACACGCUGUGGGAGUUGGCUGCGGCGGAGGCUGGAGGUCGGGAUGAGGAUGGAGGAGAGCCGGUCAGCGAGAGGACUUUGUUUCUUAUGGGGAGCAAGGCUGGGGGUAAAACGUCAAUUCUCCUCAGAUGUCUCGACAGGGACGAACCGUCCAAGCCGACUCUGGCACUAGAGUACACUUUUGGUAGACGGGCCAGAGGACACAACACACCUAAAGAUAUAGCCCAUCUGUGGGAGCUGGGAGGAGGGAUCUCUUUGUCAGACCUAGUCCAGAUCCCCAUCACUACUGUCAGCAUCAGGUCUCUCUCUGUUAUCCUCAUUCUUGACUUGUCUAAACCCAAUGCACUGUGGGGAACAAUGGAGAGGCUCCUGCAGGCAGCACAAGCUCAGUUGGAGAAAGUCACGUCUCAGGCACAACAAGGGCAGAAGAGCAAACCUGGUGCCAAACACCAGACAUCUGUUCACUCAGCGGCACGUGUCUUACCGAAAGACUUCCCUGACAGAGAGCUGAUCAGUCCCUUUCCUUCUCCUCUGCUCAUCAUUGGCAGCAAAUAUGACCUCUUUCAGGAAUUCGACUCUGACAAGAGGAAAGUGGUCAGUAAAACACUGCGUUUUAUAGCCCACUAUUAUGCAGCUUCUCUUAUUUUCACAAGCAUCAAGUCGGAGAGCCUAAUGUUAAAGACUAAGGGCUUCUUUUCUCACCUGGCUUUUGGUCUAGACAGAGGGAAAACUUUGUCCAGUGACCCCGCUAAGCCUCUCAUCAUUCCAGCCGGCUCAGACUCCUUCAGCCAAAUAGGAUCGCCUCCCACUACUGAUGUGGACAUUACAUCUCUUCAUGCUAAAAACCCAAAGGACCUCUGGAAGAAAGUCUAUGAGCGUGUUUUCCCACAAGAGAAUACCAGUGAGCAGAGGGAGCUGAAGGAUCCAGCCAAAGACCCACGUUACAGUGAGCCUCAGAUUGAUGCCAUGAGAGCCCAGAAAGACCAGGAGCUGGAUCAGUACAAGAAGAACGCAGCUAAGUCAUGGAAAGGGCUGGAACUGGAGACAUGAGACACAAUCAUGUUCACACACAAACAUCACUCGUAGUAAUGCAACAUUCUUGAAUUCUUUAUUUAUUUGAGUUACUUUUUGCAAUUCAAACCACUUGUACAUCUUAAAGUAUUAUAAAGAACUGUAUGCUCAUGUAAAAAUGUGUUUAUUUAAAAAAUAAACAAUUGACAUUA